AUGAGUGCUUCCAAGGCUGUUGCAGAGAACAUGCUCUGGGGUGGUCGAUUCACCCAGGGCCUCGACCCCCUGAUGGUUCAGUACAACCAAUCCCUCCCCUACGACCGUAUCUUCUGGAAGCAGGACAUUGCCGGCUCGCUUGCCUUCGCCCGGGCCAACACCAAGACCGGUAUCCUGACCCAGCACGAGUUCUCCGAGAUCGAACGCGGGUUCAAGCAGAUCGCCGAAGAAUGGAGCACCAACACCUUCGUCGUCAAGGAGAACGACGAAGACAUCCACACAGCCAACGAGCGCCGACUCUCCGAGAUCAUCGGCAAGGAGAUCGGAGGCAAGCUGCACACCGGCCGGUCCCGCAACGAGCAGAUUGCAACCGACAUGCGCCUGUGGUUGCGGGACGAGCUGCGCAAGCUGGACGCCGUCCUGUGCGACCUCGUCAAGGUGUCCAUCGCGCGCGCGGAGAACGAGCUCGACUUCAUCAUGCCCGGCUACACACACUUGCAGAAGGCCCAACCCGUCCGGUGGAGCCACUGGCUGCUGUCGCAUGCCACCGCCUUCGCCAGUGAGCUGCAGCGUCUGCGGGAGGUCACCCGGCGUGUCAACCGCAGCCCCCUGGGCACCGGCGCUCUGGCCGGAAACCCCUUCCAGAUCGACCGGGAGGCGAUGGCCGCGGAGCUGGGCUUCGAGGGUCUGCUGUACAAUUCGAUGAACGCGGUGGCCGACCGGGACUUUGCCAUGGAGACCAUGCAGUGGGGAAGCUCGUUCAUGCUCAAGAUCUCUCGCUGGGCCGAGGAUCUGAUCAUCUACAGCAGUUUGGAGUUUGGUUUCGUCCGGUUGUCCGACGCCUACUCGACCGGCUCGUCGUUGAUGCCUCAGAAGAAGAACGCAGACAGCCUGGAGCUUCUGCGUGGCAAGGCCGGUCGCGCCUUCGGCCACAUGGCCGGCCUGAUGAUGACCAUCAAGGGUCUCCCCACCACCUACAACAAGGACCUGCAGGAGAGCGUCGAGCCCCUGCUGGACCACAUCAAGACCGUCAGCGACAGCAUCCAGAUCGCCACCGGCGUCCUCUCGACCCUCACCGUCCUCCCCGAGAAGAUGACCGCCGCCCUGGCGCCCGAGAUGCUGGCCACCGAGAUCGCCGACUACCUCGUCCGCAAGGGCGUCCCCUUCCGCGAGGGCCACCACAUCUCCGGCCGGGUUGUCGCCCUGGCAGAGAAGAACAAUGUCCCCAUGGACACGCUGUCGCUCGAGCAGCUGAAAGCCGUCGACGCGCGCUUCGACGAAGAUGUCCAGGCCUGCCUGGACUACGAGCGUGCCGUUGAGCUGAAGGAUGCGGUCGGCGGCACCAGCCGCCGUGCCGUGUUGGAGCAGACCGCUGUUCUCAGGGGUCUUUUGUAA